UUUUCGACGCAGUUUGUGUUGCAGGUGCGUGACGAAGGAGCGCGAGCACAGAUGGCUGCGCUGGCGAUACAAAGGACUGACAAUUUUUUGCACACCUUCUUACAGGACCGGACGCCCAGUUCCUCUCCAGAGGGAGCACCCAACGCCCUCUCCUUCCUGGCCACCACUUGUAGCCAGGCCUGGCAGGUUGGAGGCACGAUGGGCUCCGAUGGCUCACAGUUCCCAUACGAAGGCACCGUCAGCUCCACAUCGGGAAUGUUCCAGCUGUGGAGCAACGACAUGACGCCCAGCACAGCCCUCAGCACCCACCAGAUGACCUUCACCGUGCCCAAGGUGCAGUUCCCCGGACACAUGCAGUCCAGCCUGGGUCACCACCACCACCAUCACCCUCAUCAUCACCACCACCACCACGAGCUGCCUCUCACCCCACCGGCUGAGCCUCCAUCUUCAUACUCCUUUGAACUCUCUCCGGUUAAAGUCCUGUCCUCACAGCCGCAGACAAACACCCCAUAUUACCCUCAGCACAACAGUGUGGGACAAAACUUCCCCAGCUUCCUGCAGAACUCCUCCACCAGGCAUCACCACAUGGAGGAGCCACAGCAAUGGUGGAGCCUCCCCCAAACCAACACCACCCAGUCCAACCACCCUUUCUCUUUAGGCAGACAGCUGGUAUUGGGGCACCAGCCCCAGAUAGCUGCUCUCCUUCAGGGUACCUCCAAGGGCCUGCUGAGCUCCACCCGCCGCUGCCGCCGCUGUAAGUGUCCCAACUGUCAAGCCAAUGGUGGGGGGUUAGAGUUUGGAAAAAAGAGACUGCACAUCUGCCACAUCCCUGAGUGUGGCAAAGUGUACAAGAAGACCUCGCACCUCAAGGCACAUCUGCGGUGGCAUGCUGGGGAGAGGCCCUUCAUCUGUAACUGGCUCUUCUGCGGAAAGAGCUUCACACGCUCAGACGAGCUGCAGCGGCACCUUCGCACCCACACUGGGGAGAAGCGCUUCGGGUGCCAGCAGUGUGGAAAGAGGUUCAUGAGGAGUGACCACCUCUCCAAACACGUCAAAACCCACCAGAGCAGGAAGAGUCGGUCGGGACUGCCAUCUCAGAGCACGGACCCUCUGCUCGCCAACAUUAAGAGAGAGUAGUCGCUCUGCGGUCCUUCAUUCAUAAAUAUAAUCAAUGACUUACUGCCAUUGAUUUACACUUACUGCCAUAGGUUUGCACUAUAGAGGGAAAGCAUCUAGCUCCCUGAACUGAUUCUGUUGUCAAAGCUCUACUUUCAACUUUACAUGGAAACAUUAAAAGAUACUUGGAGACAAUUUAACUCAAGUUUAUGUGCUGUUUGAAGUCAGGCACCUCUAAAGGAAACUUGAAAACUUUUCAAACAUUGUGAGACUUUUCCUGACUUGAGUGUACUAUUCAACACGUGGAACAACAAACAGAUUUAAUCUUAUACCAAACUGAUUCUAUCAAAAAAAAAGAAGAUUUUUAUUUUCAAAUGCUGUUAAAAUCUACUAAAAUAUAUAUCAGGGCUCAUGUUGUAAAUAAUCAAACUGUGUGGAAAAUGUUGCAAGCAAAAAGGUUUACCAGAAAAUGUUAAUAUAAUCCCUGUGCUAAAACAUGAAAGUAUGCCUUACUGCAGCUAAACGUUGCUCAAAGAAAAUAAUUUCUUCAGAAAGUCAUUAGAUUUUUGAUUGCAAGACUAUCUUGUAUAAUUAGGUAGAGAUUGUUUUUUACAUGAGUCUUUGAUUGGCAGGUUUCUCUCAUCUUCUCUGUAGCAGCAAAGUAAAUCACCACUCCAGCUCCAUAUUAUCCAGGUUAUAUCUUUAACUUCGUGUAAAUUAUGUAUAAAUAUCAUGAACAGUUUUAUUG